AUGCCACUCGCACCGCGCCUCGCCGCGCUCGUCGCCCUCUUCACCCUCCUUACAACAACACUCGCCGCAGACAAGAACCUAAUCCCAACGGCGGCCUCCAGCACUUUCCCACAAUGCGGCUUGACCUGCAGCCAGCUCUAUGCCGCCCAAGACACCUGCACCCAGGCCGCCGACUCCUCAACUUGGGUCUCCUGCUUCUGCCAGUCCUCUUUAAUAUCCAACCUCAAGACUUCCGGCAGUGUCUGCUCCUCCUGCAGCGCCGGUGACCAGGCCCUCGUUUCCACGUGGUAUACCAACUACUGUAACUCUGGCGGAAAAGAAACGUCCGAUACUGCGACGACAACUUCCUCUGCGGCUGCGGGUGCAACUGCAACCGCCACAUCUGGUGCUAGCAGUGCCAACUCGAGUAAAUCUGGGACGGCAACGGAGGAGAACAAAUCUUGGUGGAGCACCCACUACCGCUGGGUAAUAAUGUUAAUCGUCCUAGUAAUUGGCUUCGGCAUCAUCGCCGCGCUGGGCGUCUGGUUCAAACGCCGCUACGAUGCCAAACGCCCAAAUCUGUACCACGGUGGCAGCAGCGGCGUCCUCAGCACUGCUUCUCCGCCAUCUGGUCCUCGGGACGCUGCUUGGGAACCUGCUCCUAUGCCUGUGCAGGGGCGGGGUCUGGGUUCCCCGUCUGUUGCUAGCAGCUCGCUCUCAAAUGUUGCUCCUAAGACCAGUACGCCUCUUUCUGGGAGUCGGUCGCGUUUGACGAAGAUUCCGCAGGGGCCCGGGGAUGUGGAGAUUCGGCAGGUUUGA